GAGAGAGAGAGAGGGAGAGCGUUAUAGCGAAACCCGGAGAAGCAAGGAUUAUCCAGCCAAUCAGAAAUCCCCUCAGGCGUUUAAAGGGAUGGUGGGCAGUCUCUCGGGCUUUAUGAGCGACUUAUUUUGCAAUCUCCACACAUUCUCACGUCUUGACCACCCACAGACACUCCAACAGAGCCGAGGGUUUGGAUGAGUAAAAUCCUGGUUCGCCUGAGUCGGCAUGGAUCUUUCCUGAGUGGCGUUUUUCUCCUUUUUCCUCCAUAUGUGCUGCUCCUGGAUGCUACUCGCCUCCCCGCCGCACUUGUUGCGCAGAGACUGGAUGCGCCGCUGAGUCCUUGGAGAGAAGAGGCAGGGACGGACUGCAACAGGUGCACACACAGAAUCUUCUCCAAGACGGCUGCACCGGAGAUACAGCAAAACUUUAAAUGCCGAUUUGAAGAUCUUUUGGUCGCCUUCAGCCCUCACCGCGCGCACAAAGCCAGGAUGCCGGUUCUGACGAGCCCCGACAUUGCCAACAAGUUUAAGGAGAAAUGGCUUGCGGUUUACCCGGAGGAUCAGGUCACCGGGUCCGACUCUGCCCCCCUGGACGACAGCCUCACCAGCCUACACUGGCUCCAGAAUUUCUCCAUCCUCAGCGCGGAGCCGGAGCGACCCAACGGAGCUGGACCGGGCUGUCCGUCUUCCCAGCAGCACCUCUAUUUCAAGCGGCUCGGCUUCCCCAGAGGUGGCACCGACUCUCCGUCCAGCCCGCCGGCCGGGGACACCGCCGCCACCGGGAUGCCUCCGUACCUCGGGAGCCCCGUUACCUCCGGCAGCGACUCCACCGCGGCACCGCGGUUCGCCAAUUGCGCACAUCCAGGGAACGGCUACCCACAGAUCCCCAUCCAGGCCAGCCCGCCUUUGGAGGUCGACUACAAAACCAACCCUAAAGUCAAACCGCCCUAUUCCUACGCUUCUCUCAUCUGCAUGGCCAUGCAGGCCAGCAAACAGCCCAAAGUGACUCUGUCCACCAUCUAUAACUGGAUAACUGCAAAUUUCUGCUACUACAGACAUGCGGAGCCCAGCUGGCAGAACUCGAUUCGUCACAACCUGUCCCUCAACAAGUGUUUCAAGAAGGUCCCCAGACAGAAAGACGAGCCAGGAAAGGGAGGCUUCUGGCAGAUUGAUCCACAGUAUGCUGACAUGUUUGUCAAUGGCAUCUUCAAACGCAGGAGGAUGUCUGCUAACCACUACAACAGCAGCAGCAGCAGCAGCAGUGGCACCCACAGACACAGCAAACUGGUUCAGAGUUAUCACAGCACCCAAGAUGGCUGCCCUUACCAAGGGGUAGGCGGCAAACGGAAGCACCUGCCGUCUAAAAACAACAGCAAGGCCACGAGGGCGACUGAGUCUCCUCUUUUGGCGACAGAGGCCCACAAAGCAGACAUCCUGAGGGGGGACUUUGACCUGGCGUCCGUGUUCGAUGACGUUCUCAGCGGGAACUGUAGCACCUUCGAGGAUUUGGACAUCAACACGGCGCUGAGCUCCCUGGGCUGCGAGAUGGAGGUUUCCAUGCACGGGAGGCAGCACUCGGCAGGGCUGGGGAGGUGGUGCGGAGGUGGGGACGUCAUGGGUCAGAGCCAGCACCUGAGCCACCAUCAGUCCUACGGUUACAUGGAGCUGAGCACCGCUUCCAUGGAUUGCACGGUCAAUAUGGGAGAGCUCCACAUGCUACAGCAGCACCCGCAGCAGCUGGACACGGACCAGCUGCUCCAAAGCCACCACCACCUGCAGCAGUUCGACGAACCCUCUGCGCUGUUCCCAGAGCAGCCUGAGGAGGUGGUGCUGCAGCCCUGGGAGGAGAUCAAAGAAGAGGUGCAGGCGAUUCCUCUGACUCUGGAUCAGGGCUUCGGCCUGUGCGAGGGAUUCUUCACAGAGAUGCAGCCAUGGGAACGAGUGGAGGCCUAUCUGUGACCUUUGACCCCAAACAUCAUUGACUCCUGAUUAUUUUCACCCAAUGACCUGAACAUCUCUACCGUUCCAACACUAUAUUAUCCCCAAAAGGAAAGUGGUGUCAGUUAGAACUACAGCCCUGCCACUUUUGCAUUCCCUCCAAUAAUUCUGCAAUACACUGCAUUUGUAAUUUAAUUUUGUCCUGUUGUUAAAAUACAAACAUGAUAAUAUCAAACCUAUCUGGAACUGUGUGAACACAGCUAAGAUUGAUCUGAAUAUAAAGUUUGUUGGGCAACAUGAUUAUUGCAUUGUUUCCUGGCAUAGACUCCCAUUUCUUCCUUAAGGGUGUCAGGUGAUUGACAGGAAAUAGUGCGUAACAUGGCACAACACUGAUAUAUCAGGCACAAUGAAAUGACGAUACAACAGAGAAACUUUUAUAAACCAAAUUAAAGUUUCAUGUGGAUUGCGAAGGAUUCUCCCACUCUAUAGAAUAAAUGGUUUCUUCAGAAAGAAGCAAAAUGAAGAAAAGCUGACUGUAUGCAGAAAACAACACACAUUCUUAUCCUUUAAGUUUGAUUUUCUGGAACUACAACAGCUCAAAUGUCAGGCAGCUGUUAAUAAGAGAAUGUGUUCAAGUGAGUGCUGAACUGGACUGAAAUGCAGCUAUUUGUCGCUCUGGGGUUUUUGAUGAAAUGAUGACAAUGACAAAGAAAACCUGACCCCCCCCCCCCUCCUUCAAAGCACUCUCCACAAACAAGCACUCUCACUAUGGGACUGAGAAAAUAUACGGGAGUCUAUUUUGCUACAUUAGCAUUAAACAUUUUUUUACUAACAUGCAGUGAAAUCAUUCAUCUCAACUGUCUAUGUUGUGUGAUGAUGAAGAAAGAUGAAGUUAUCAGAGCAGGAUGGAGACGAGAAAACUUUAAAUUCAUAGUCUGAGAUAAACAAAUCAGUCAUUUAUGACUUUGUUAUAUAGUCAAUUUAAUAUAUAUUCACUAAAGUAUAUAGCAUGAAGCUAGGCAGGAACAUUUGCCAUUUGUCAGUUAUGUAUUGCAAAGCAAAAAGAGGAGCAGACCUGAAAUAAAUCGCCUUCUUGUCAGUCUUGUCGAACAUUAUGCACUUUGAUAGGCAGCAGUUUUAGGAAAAGCAAGACAGCUUUUCCUCCCAGGAUGUUUAGUUUUAUUUUGUAUCAUAUUAAAAAGAUGUUUUCUAAAGUUUACUGACCAUAAUGAAAGUGAUGCAUAUGCUGUAAUUGUCCAUAUCAGUUGAUUCUUGAACAAUGAACUCAACUCUGCAAUAAGUCAACUGUUUCUUGCAUAAAUGUACAGUUUUUCUUUCCAAAUACAUAUAAAAUUGGGCAUUUGUUGGUUAUAUUUCGCCAAAUUUGUUGAUAAGGAAUAUGCAGUUUAUUGGUGUUUCUGUGUUUAUUAAUAAGAAAAAAAGAGUUAUGUUUUCUGUUAAUGGGUGAUGGAUUUCCCUUUGUCCUUAUUGAUUACUUUGGUGUAUGUCUUUUUUUAUUUGUAUGGUUUGUUUUCACCAGUCUGAACUUCAAAAUUAGUUUGAGAACAUCAUAACUCUGUUGGUCUGAGGGGACAAAUGAUGAGCAGGUACAUGCAUUCAACUCUGUAAUGCCAGAUUUUCUUAUUGUAUCAUAUUGAUCAAGUUUGAUACAAACUCCUUAAUCUUACCAUGUUAUUUUCAUUUGUACUUUUUUAAGCUGUUUAAAAAUGCAAUCAUGCCUUGAUGCAAUAAAUGGUGUCAAUUAAAGAAA